AAGCAGAAGAAGAAGAAAAAUAAGAAGAAGAAGUAGAAGAAGAAGAAAGAAGGAGGAGGAGGUGGAGGAAGAAGAGCGAUAAAAAGAGCGGUGUAGACAGGUUGUGAGGCGAGUGAGAUCGCGAUCUAGGUCGCGGGUUAGUCCCGCAAACAAAAUCGCAGGAGAAGAAAAAAGGACAAAAACGUGGACGAGGAUAUAGGGGAGGACGUGGACGAGGAGGACGGAGCUGAGGACGGAGAGCCGAGAACGUGAGGAACGAAGGGUAAAAAGAUAGGGAAGAGGAGGAGGUAGUGGUGAUGAAAAGAUCGACGUCGACUCUCCAUUGGUGGUGUAGGAAGUACGAGUCGAGUUGUGUGGCAAAAAAAAGACCGACGAAGAAGCUCGUAGAGCUAAACAAAAUAGCGAAGGUGGAGCUGCCGAAGAAGAGGCGUUCCUAUCAUCGUCGGUGGUGUCGUCGAUCGGUCGUAACGCGACGAGGUGGUUUGGAAAAUAAUGCGCGUUAGAUACGUGACGGCGAGAAAAAGGACGCCGACGCCGAGGGCGAUCAAGAUUAACGGAAAGUGUGGAAUUAAGGCGACGACGGCGACCAAGACGACGACGGCAACCAAGACGACGACGACGACGACGACGGUGGUCGGCCGUCGAGCGGCAACGAUAGCGGUGGCGAAAACGGCGACCAAGCCGACAAGGACGACGACGACGACGACGACGACGGCAAACAAGAACAAGAUCAAGACCAAAACGACGAAGACGACAAGAUCGACUACGAAAACGCCGUUGAUAAGAAGACGAAGGAGAACAACGGCAAUCGCUAACGUUGUCAACGACAACAGAGUCGUAAGGAGGGAACAACUGCAGCCGAGAAAUCAGCCGCGACGGUAUUUAAUACAACGCAAUUAUGUACGCGUACGGUUUCGAAAUCACGUAGUACUCGAGGUGUAAUUAUGUUGUUGUUGUUGUCGUCGUCGUCUUUGCACGGCGCGCCCUGUGCAUCUUCACGGUGAAAAUCUGGCGUGAGAGUUGCCGCGGUGGAACGGGGAACAUGGCGUCGGUCUCGGCUGAGACUCGAUCCAGCCAUGGGCACAGUUUUGCUAAGAAGACGUUUCACAAGCCAACGUACUGCCAUAGCUGCACGGACAUGCUCUGGGGCCUUAUUCAGCAGGGGUACAUCUGCGAAGUUUGCAACUUCGUGGUGCACGACCGCUGUCUCAAGGCCGUCGUGUCUCCCUGCUCCAACAUCGCGGCAAGUCUGAUUAAGAACCCGGUUGCACAUUGUUGGACCGAACCGGUAACACGGAAAAAAAAAUUCUGCAAUGUCUGUCGGAAACGGUUGGACGAUAAUUUGUGUAUACAUUGCCAAAUAUGCGAGUAUUUCGUCCACACGGAUUGUCAGGACUUUGCGAUGGCAGAUUGCAAAGAAAACGCAACUUAUUUACCUGAAAAGGAUUUGGCUGCUGUAAAGCAUACGCAUCAUUGGAGAGAAGGAAAUCUUCCCAGCAAUUCCAAAUGUGCCGUAUGCAAGAAAAAUUGUUUCUCUGCCGAGUGCCUUUCUGGGUUUCGUUGCGAAUGGUGCGGCGUAACGUCGCACGCAUUCUGCUACAAAAGCAUCCCCACCGAAUGUACGUUUGGGAAUUUGGAAUCAAUUUACCUACCGCCGCAUGCCGUCAGUAUUCCACGUACCGAAGUACCAAUGGAAGCGAUUAUAGGAGUUCAAGUGCGUCGUAAAGAAGUCCUGGCGCGUGAGUAUUCUUACCAUAACAUCGGAGAGCAAUUCGAUUUCGCUGAGAGUGAACAAAUUGGGGCUGCAGGCUGCCUAGCUGAAGCUUUGAGGCGCCUUUCACUAAUUUUGCCACGUAGCUGCCAUGGAAAUUGUCAUGCUUCCCCUCCCUAUGUUCGAGCAAGAAGCAUAUCGGAGGAAUUUAGCAGCGGCGAUGCUAAGUCUCGCGAUAACGACGAAUCCGGACAAGCUCCGCAUGGCCGUGAUCCACGAUAUAAGGAAGAUAAAGAAAGAGGCGACGAAGAGUCGAUUAAGGUAUACGAUGGUAAUAGCUCUUUGAAGCGCCAAAUAUAUCGAGUAAUCACGAUAUCUAGACAAGCUAGCACGGAACAAAUUUUAACAUCCGCGCUUCGUGCAUUUCAUAUCACGAAAGAUCCCGGUAAUUUUUACUUAACCGAUCUAUACGCUGCGGAAGAAAGUGAGCUGUGCGAUCCGACACCGAUUCUAAACUUGAAUCGUAAAGAACCCAAGCGUCUGGCAGUCUUCUUGCGAUUUAAGGAUAACGAUGCCGGAGAAGUACGAGUCUAUCCUGGAAAAUUACAAAUAUCAGAAUCUUUCUGCAUUGUACCUGUAACUGAAACAACGACAGUCUCAGAUUUAAUCCAGGAAUCCCUUCAAAGGUUUAAUGUGCAAAAUAUCAAUUCCGAAGAUUACACGUGUAGACAAAUUCUCUUGGAUCGUGAUGUAUCCGGCCGUGUUUUAUCACCGGACGAAAAACCAUGGGAAAUAGUGAAACAGCUAGGUAAAGAUUCCAUCAGGCAAAUGGAAUUGAUGCGAUUUUAUUUACAGUUAAGACAAGAUCCCCAUGGACCUAAUCAGGCAUUAUUCGUGGGCAAUUUGCCACCGAAUCUUUCCGAACGAAAUUAUGAAAACAUGUUGACCGAAUUUUUAGGAAGAGAAAACAAAUUCUCGUCCAUUGGCCCGAUCUAUUACGAAUAUGGUUCGAUGGUUAUUAUAUACGAAGAUUCGAAUAAAGCUGUUAAAGCACUAUAUACUUUGCGUGAAUCAAAAUACGAAGACAAAAAUCUUUUGGUUAUGUUAUUACCGAGUAUUGAACCAAGUAUGGUACCAGCUGGUGUUCAACCGUUACUUGUAUUUGUUAACGUGAAAUCUGGCGGUUGCCAAGGGUUACAGUUGAUUUCUAGUUUUCGUAAACUUUUAAAUCCUUUUCAAGUGUUUGAUCUGGAUAACGGUGGUCCGCUUCCCGGGCUUUACGUUUUUCGUCUUAUCAAACACUACAGAAUUUUAGUCUGUGGUGGAGAUGGAACGAUAGGAUGGGUUUUACAAUGUUUGGACAACGUCGGUCAAGACAGCGAAUGUUCUUCACCAGCCUGCGCUAUUGUACCGUUAGGAACAGGAAAUGAUUUGGCUAGAGUAUUAUGUUGGGGAUCUGGAUACACGGGUGAUGAAGAUCCGUUAAAUUUACUACGAGAUGUUAUCGAUGCAGAAGAAAUUAUAUUGGACAGAUGGACGGUGGUUUUUCAUCCAGAAGAAAAGGAUGACAAGUCCCAAAUGGCUAGUUGUGCCGCAGUAGGUCCAAGCUCAACAAGCGAAGACAAUACGCAAAUAUUUGUAAUGAAUAAUUAUUUCGGGCUUGGAAUCGAUGCAGAUCUAUGCUUAGAUUUUCACAAUGCGAGAGAAGAGAAUCCCAACAAGUUCAAUAGCAGGAUUCGAAAUAAAAGUGUAUACGUGAAAAUGGGUUUACGUAAGAUGGUUGGUCGUAAGCCGUGUAAAGACUUGCACAAUCAAAUUAAAUUAGAAGUAGAUGGUAAACUAGUGGAAUUGCCUCAAGUAGAAGGAAUAAUCAUUCUCAAUAUUUUAAGUUGGGGUUCCGGUGCCAACCCUUGGGGACCAGAUAAAGAAGAUCAGUUUAAUAAACCAAACCAUUGGGAUGGUAUGUUGGAAGUUGUAGGAGUUACAGGCGUUAUACAUCUAGGACAGAUUCAAUCUGGUCUCCGAGCAGCAAUGAGGAUAGCGCAGGGUGGGCAUAUAAAAAUACGUUUGAACUCUGAUAUGCCGGUACAAGUAGAUGGCGAACCGUGGGUCCAGAGUCCAGGAGAAAUAGUAGUUCUAAAAUCUGCAUUAAAGGCAACGAUGCUGAAGAAGACCAAGGGUAAAAUGAAGCGGCGUAAUACAGAAUCCAGCAUGCAGCUCUCACUACAGGCUGCGCCCUCGAACGAUCCAGAUUCUGAGAACUUCUGAGUGAAAAAAACCUACCGUGCGAAGGUGGUGGUCAAUAUCUUUGUCGCGCAGGAGCACGUAACACGAAAAUCAAUCGAUUAUACGAUGAUAACGUACGUCGUAUAACGUAUGUAAGCGGCCUCGAAAUUGUCACCGUAGCGAUUGUGCUGUUACGAACAUAUGAGCAACUUUACUUUCUACAAACACAAACAGUUACUUUGGCAAGUGAAGUAGAUAAGAUUUUCAAAUAAGAACUCACGAUAAGAUUCAUUGAAAAUAAGAUCAGUGAUAUCUUGGAUGUACGUUCACAUGUUGCUAGGAUGAAACUAGAUCUCAUUUCUAAAUGUUAAUAAUCAUAGCAGUGUAUGUAGCUUGUCGAUCGAUAUUUUUUUAGUUAACUUAUAAUAGAACGUAACACACACGAUAAUGUUACCUCACGAACUUUUCAAAACAGUAUUGAGAUAAAAAUCAUAAGCUACUUGCUCUCUUACAAUGUUCAUUUGCAUUUAUGUUUAUAUAACUUGUUAGAUUGGACACACAAAUGUAAUGUAUUAUAUAUUACGUUUCGUAUGGUAUUUUACCAAUUAUCUGGCAGUAUCACGGUAUGAAUCGAGUAAUGCGAUAUAAAACGCAAAAGAGACCGAGAGAGAAGGAGAGAUCCGUUGUUAUUAAUAUGUUAUAUAUAUAAAUAUAUAUAUAAAAUAUUAAUAUAUUUACAUAAUAUAUCGUAUUAGUAUUACGAUCUUACGUUGUGAUAUCUGUUAUAUAAUCUGAUUGCUGGGCAGUCUGGAAUUUAUAAACCAGUUGCAGUCAGAAAUUUCCUAGAAAUAAUUCAUAAUGAGAAAAAAAGUUAAUGUUACUUUCAAGUAGCGCCCCUCUAAGGCAAAAAAGCAAUUUUGCCAAUUCGGCUUCGACUUGUGUAAAAGGGCAGUGCCAUGGAUUAUCAAUCGAACGAGUAAAUGAAACAAAUAAUUAAAAAGAAAGAAAGAAUGAAAGAAAUAAAUUAGGGAGGUAGCUUGAUAACGUUCUAAAUUUGGCUCCGACAAACCAAAAUAUUCCAUGUUUGCUGGAACCAUCGGUACAGAUCGAACAUUCCACAUUAUUAUAGUAAAAAUAGAGAGAAAGAGAGAGAGAGAGAGAGAGAAUACGUAUUGUACAUUUUUAAAAAAAGCGACGAGUGUAUAAGAGAAAUUAGAUAGCGAUGAACAAAGUGAAGAUGAUAAUACCGAUGAAAUUGCGCUCUUUCUACAUGGCACGAAAAGCGCGCCUUUUAAACAUCGAGUAGCAAUUCCCGACACAAACGACUCUAUUCGAUAGCAUUGCUGAUUAUUUCAAGAGAAAAGUAUGGGAGAAAGUGUGUGUAUGUGUGCGGACGGAUGGGGUGGUCGGUCAUGUGCGAACGAGAGUUGGUUUUGGGAGUGAUAAAAAUGCGGUGCCAAACAGUUGUAAAUAAUACUAUAAAUGUAGGAGAUAAGAUGGAACUAGUCGUGGUGGCAUCUAAUGCAACGCAACAAAUGGAUGCAGUGCGACGUGUGUUGUCAUGCUGAUAUUAAUCCUAAGAAAGAAAAAUAUAAUCUACGGCGCGAUGUUUUAUGUGCGAGGAGGGAAAAACGAGUGUGAGUGUGAGAGUUUGUGUGUGUGUUGUGUGUAAGCAUGUUUAUGCAUGUGUGUGCGAGAGAAAGAGGACUUCUUUGACAACUUAAAUUAGGCAAAAUGGUCAAAGAAGAAAGUAACGUAGGUGAAGAGUGUCACUACUCUUGCGCUUAUAAGAGCAAGACCUCUUCGAUUGGUCGAUUUUGAAAGAAAAUCUUUUAGCGCCGUAUCGUCUUCGAUAAGGAUCUUUAAAUAGAUUUCGUUUCGUC